GCCUGUGAUUAGAGCCCCACCUAUGCUGGGUAUCCGGUGUCUGCUUCCUCCUAGGAUUAAUCUUUCCCAAGAUCUAGAUGUUAGGGGUGGGGGGGAAGGCGUGGGAACACCGCUGCUCUGGAAGCUGGUUGACAAUAGCCAGUCCCUGAGCUAGGUGCCCAGUAGGCCCUCCCCCUGUGUUUGCACAAGGGGCUGUGCCCCAGCUCCAACACCCAGUUGGGUGGAAAGCCCAUAAGAGCUGCUGCAGUGAAAGAGGACAGCUUCUAAACUGGUCCUCAGCGUCUGACCCAGAGCGGCUUGAGGGUCUACAGAUGGGGAGACCUGGCCAGAUCCCAGUUCUUCCUGUUGGCUGCGAGGUGCCAGUUGGCUGGGACUAGCUCCAGGCUCAAGAGGUACAUGGGAUAAGAGUGUGGUUCCUGUCCAGGAAGUAGGGUGUAGCCCAGAGACUGGUAGAUACCAGGCUAGGCUUUGGGUCAGAGAACAGAAAGCAGCAUGUCUACCUAAGGCUCAGGUUGGCCUGGGGGUCACAGCAGAGAUGCUACCUCCUUACCCUGAACCUGAGGUCUUCACUGAAGGAGGCUGGCAAGUGCCUGGCUGGAGGACCAUGGAUUCCUUGGGUCCCCAGGGCAGGCCUAACUGGGAGGUAGCUCAUUAGCCUGUGGGAGACUUAGAAUUUCACGGCAGUGAAGAAGGCCUUGGAGCCAUUGGCAGCAGCAUACCAGGGACAGGCAAACAGCCAUUUACCUGGAAAUGGUUGGGCAAGUAACCAGACUUAAGGCAGGCAGGUCAUCCUGAUGGGCCUGAAACUGCCAAGGGUCACCUAGAGGCCACUAUGUCUCCAAGUUGGAGGUGGUCCUGUGGUUCCGUAGAGGCAUCCCUUCAAUGUGCCACAGUGGGAGAGGUGGCUGACUGGCGGGUGGCCGGCCAUUAGGUGAUCAGAUAGAUGGUGUAAGGAGUAUGGACAGUCUGUAGGGGUUGUGAAUCGGACAGCUUCAGGGAACUAGAUGUUCACAGGGCUACCCUGGGGGCCCUGGCUGGCCACACAGUAUCACAAGACCCCAGAUGGUCAGAUCCCAAGAGCUGUACAGCCCUUCCAGGAACUGGCAUCUUGAGGCACUCUGUGGCUCCAAUGGCGGCCUCCCAGCUGUCUGCACUGGAAGGGGAGGGGUUGGAGGCUGGUGAGCCAGCCCUGACCAAGUCCAACCCUGGUUGCUUGUACUCUGAGGGCCAGCGGCUAGCUCUUGAAGCACUGCUGAGCAGUGGGGAAGAAGCCUUCCGGGCCUGCAUGCAGCAGGAGAGGUUGCCCCCAUUUCUGAGUGCAGAUGAGGCUCAGGCCCUGGCUGCAACUGCUGAAGACUGGACUGUACCAAGCCAGGAGCCAUGUGGAGCAGGCACAGGGACUGCUAUUGCUGAUGGGAAUACUGGCAGCGUGACCUACUGGCCUGGGCAGUCAGAGGAGCCAGCACCCCUGCUGCGGCUGGGCUGGCCUAAGGAUACUGCCUGGAAGGGCAUCACCCGAGCUCAGCUCUACACCCAGCCACCAGGCGAGGGCCAGCCACCUAUUAAAGAGUUGGUACGCCAGGAGAUCCAGGCUGCUUGCAAGCUGGUGGCUGUAGUCAUGGAUGUCUUCACCGACCCUGACCUGCUCACAGACAUGGUGGAUGCUGCCACACGUCGCUGGGUACCUGUCUAUUUGCUGCUUGACCUCAAGCAUCUGCCUGCCUUCUUGGCACUAGCCCAGCAGCUAGGGGUGAACCCCUGGACCACUGAGAACCUGGACAUCCGGACUGUGCAAGGCCACACCUUCCAGAGCCGCAGGCGACGGCAAGUGAGCGGCCGUGUGCGGGAGAAGUUCCUGCUGCUGGACGGUGACAGGGUCAUCUCAGGAUCCUACAGCUUCACGUGGAGUGACUCACGCCUGCACCGGGGCCUGGUGACCCUGCUCACAGGUGAAAUUGCAGAUGCCUUUAGCCAGGAGUUCCGUGUCCUGUAUGCAGCCUCCAGGCCACUUCCACCAGCACCAGCUCGAAGCCCCUUGUUCAGCCCUUCUGAGGGUCCACAGCUGCCCCGAAGUCCACACCAUGUGGCCCUGCGCUGUCCCGUGGCCCCUGUGGCCCCAUUGCUGUCUGAUAGGCCUUUGGCCCACCGCUUGGCUGCCUGUCACAUCCUUGAGGGGGACAGACGAGAGACCCCCACUACCACAGGGCCAGCUCUCAGUGACAUCUUGAGGAGUGUACAGCGUACAAGGACAGCCAGUGGUCCCCCAACCAGGCCCAGCCGUUCCCUAUGGGACCUCAGUCGCCUGUCCCAGCUCUCUGGCUCCAGUGAUGGUGACAAUGAGCUCAAGAAGUCCUGGGGCUCCAAAGAUACUCCAGCCAGGACCCUGAUGAGGCAGCGGGGCACUGGAGGGGGGCCAAGGGGUGAGAUGGAUUCCCACCCACUAGCCCGGUGACAGCCAUGGGGUGGCCCCCUCCCUGUGAUUCCAGCCCGCCACCUGCAUUAUCUAUCCCCAGCCCAAAGGAGGCUGGGAGAUAAUGCCACAUCAGACUGGGCCUCUGGCUCAGGCCCUGGAAGGCGACGCUGAUGGGUGUUCUGGCUAGAUGUGGCUGGGCAGCUGAGGGUCAGCUCAGAGCCCCUACCAAAGUGGAAGAGAUUGGUCUUAAUUGCUCUAGAACUGGGUGAGCUCAGCAGAGCUAAGGGCUUAAUGUCACCAUGCGGGAAAUGGGCAGAAGGUUCCAGA